AUGAACAUGGUAAAGAGCCCGGAGCGGCUGGAGCAGCGGCUGGCGGGGAUGGUGGCUGUCCGGGAGAAGUCUCCAGCCUGGUCUGCCCUGGGAGAGGAGGGGCUGGCAGCCAUGAAAAAGGACAAGAGCCGCGGGCAGGAUGAGGACUGUAGGGCAAAGCUGAUUCUCAUCAAUGGGGACAAUGCACCUGGCGUUGUACUGGAGGCGAAUGGGAAGCCCAGCACUCCAGAUUCCAGGGGCCUGGGGCUGAUCCCCCUGAAGAAGGAGGACAGCAAUGGAGACCUCUCCAAGGAGGACCUGGCCUGGCCACUUGACCUGGCGCAGAGGCAGGCACAACCCUGGGGCAGUGCUGGGUGGGAGAGCAGCCUCAGGCAGAAGCCCACCCUCUGCCUCAUGUUCCAGGCAGGGCGGACCCGGCACAGGAUGCGGAUCAAGGAACCACCACGCAGUGUGGAGACUCUCAGGGACCUGCCAACUCCCGUGCGGAGCUCCAGGCGUCGCUCAGCCGUGUCCACACCCGUGACCAUUGACCUGACGGAGGAGGACUCCCAGGACUCAUCCCGGAGCAGCAGCACACUCUCUGGUAGCAGCUCCCAGGAGGGGCAGAACGGCUCUGCUGAGCUGGGGGCCGAGGAGUCAGAGAGCAGAGACAUGGGCACGGCACUGGAAUACCAGGAUGGGAAGGAAUUUGGAAUUGGGGAGCUGGUCUGGGGAAAGAUCAAAGGUUUUUCCUGGUGGCCUGCCAUCGUCGUGUCCCACAGAGCCACGGCCAAGCGCCAGGCAGUCUCGGGCAUGCGGUGGGUGCAGUGGUUUGGAGACGGGAAGUUCUCUGAGGUUUCUGCAGACAAACUGGUGGGACUGAUGGCCUUUAGGCAGCAUUUCAAUUCCUCCACGUUCAACAAGCUGGUGUCCUACCGCCGUGCCAUUUACCAUGCUCUGGAGGUUGCCCGGAGCCGGUCAGGGAAGACAUUUACAACUGGCCCCAGGGAGUCACUGGAGGAGCAGCUGAAGCCCAUGAUUGACUGGGCAAUCACUGGCUUCAAACCCCUGGGGCUCAAGGGACUGCGGCCACCCAAAGGCUCAGAGAAUGGGGUGCUGAGGAAUGGGACAGAGGAGGUGGUGUCCCUUGAGCAGUGUCCCCCCACCAAGAGGCUGAAGACCUACCCAUGCAACAACAGCAAAGAGCAGCGUGUGGAAGAGGACCAGACCCGAGAGCAAAUGGUUUCCGAAGUUACGAACAACAGCGGGAAUCUGGAAGACAGCUGUUUGUCCUGCGGGAGGAGGAACCCAGCCACCUUCCACCCAUUGUUCAAGGGGGGUCUCUGCCAGACCUGCAGGGAUAGAUUCCUGGAGUACUUCUACAUGUAUGAUGAAGAUGGGUACCAGUCCUACUGCACCGUCUGCUGUGCAGGCAAGGAGCUGCUGCUCUGCAGCAAUGCCAGCUGCUGCAGGUGUUUCUGUGUGGAGUGUCUGGAUGUGCUGGUGGGGCGAGGGACGUCGGCCAGAGUAAAAGAGCAGGAGCCCUGGAACUGCUACAUGUGCCAGCCCCAGCAGAACCGCGGCGUGCUGCAGCGCCGCCAGGACUGGAACACUCGCCUGCAGGACUUCUUCACCAGUGACAAGGGACAGGAAUAUGCUGCACCCAAAAUCUACCCAACAGUUCCUCCAGCGAAGAGGAGACCAAUUCGUGUGCUCUCGUUGUUCGAUGGGGUGGCAACAGGGUACACGGUGCUGAAGGACUUGGGCAUCCAAGUGGAGAAGUACAUUGCCUCAGAGAUCUGUGAGAACCCCAUGGCUUCGAGCACCAUGCGCCCUGAGGGCAACAUCACCUACGUGCGUGAUGUCAGGAACAUAACCAAGAGAAAUAUUGAGGAGUGGGGUCCUUUUGACCUGGUGAUCGGUGGCACCCCCUGUGACGAUGUCUCCCUUGUCAAUCCCACCAGGAAGGCGCUCUUUGGUAAGGCUGCUUUCCCGGGGAAGUGGUCCAGCCCCAUGGCUGUAUUGGCUGUCUCCAUACCCAUCUUGGUGGGGAGGGCGGCCAGGCCCCCCAGCCCCACACCCCGUGUCCCAGCUGAUCCCAACCUGCUGCUCGGCUUUUUCCUCGCAGAAGGAACCGGGAGGCUUUUCUUCGAGUUCUACCACCUGCUCAACUACGCUCGUCCCAAGGCGGGCGAGGAGCGGCCCUUCUUCUGGAUGUUUGAGAAUGUGGUGGCCAUGAGGCUCAACGACAAGAGGGACAUUUCCCGGUUUCUGGAGUGUAACCCAGUUAUGAUUGAUGCGAUCAAGAUAUCAGCUGCCCACCGAGCUCGUUACUUCUGGGGCAACCUCCCUGGGAUGGACAGGAUCUUUGGCUUCCCCCUCCCCUACACAGAAGUCUCCAACAUCAGCCGUGGGACUCGCCAGAAGCUGCUGGGGGGAUCGUGGAAUGUCCCUGUGAUCCGGCACCUCUUCUCCCCGCUCAAGGAUUACUUUGCCUGUGAAUAG